AUGUGGAAAUAUGGCUCAAACAUUUCCAAGGAUCCUCCUAUUAUUGCUGAUCAGGACUCCCCUGUGGAUGAUGGCGAUGAGAACCCUGAACGUGGGAACUGGACCAACAAGACAGAAUACCUCCUCUCUAUGAUCGGCUUCGCUAUUGGCUUGGGAAAUAUCUGGAGAUUUCCCUAUGUAGCCUUUAAGAAUGGAGGGGGUGCCUUUCUCAUUCCCUAUUUUGUGAUGUUGGUUUUGUGUGGAAUUCCUCUUUUCUUCCUGGAAAAUGCCAUUGGUCAGUUCUGCAGCCAAGGCCCAGUCAACAUGUGGAGAGCAGUGCCGAUACUGCAGGGUGUUGGCUUAGGCAUAAUUAUGGUGAACGCACUGUUGUCAAUUUACUACAACGUCAUCAUCGCCUACAGUUUGUUCUACAUGUUCGCCUCCUUCCAGUCUCCUCUGCCGUGGUCCAGCUGCCACAGCUGGGCUGACAGUAACUGCGGUGACAGACCUAAAGUGUAUUGCAAUGUAAGUGGUGUUUUAGUGACGAACUGGACGCAGGAAAACAACACUUGUCCUUCAUCCAACAUGAUCAAAGUUCCAGUGCAGAGCCCGAGUGAGCAGUACUGGGAUCGUGUGGCUCUGCAGAGAUCCAGUGGUCUAGAUGAAACAGGACCAGUAGUUUGGUACUUGGCUCUCUGUCUGCUGCUGAGCUCCAUGCUUGUUGCUGCAGCGCUCAUCAGAGGUAUCAAGUCAUCUGGCAAAGUUGUGUAUUUUACAGCUACGUUCCCUUACUUGGUGAUUGUGAUCCUGCUGAUCAGAGGUGUGACGCUGGAGGGAGCUAAAGAUGGCAUAGAGUUCUACAUUGGCUCCAAAUCCAACUUGACCAAACUGACUGAAGGACAGGUCUGGAAGGACGCCGCAACACAGACCUUUUAUUCCCUGUCCAUUGCUUGGGGUGGAGUUGUGACUCUUGCUUCUUAUAGCAACUUCCACAACAACAUGUUCCUGGACUCAGUGGUUGUAACCCUCAUUAACCAUGGCACCAGUGUGUUUGCAGGCUUUGCCAUCUUUUCAAUUUUGGGUCACAUGGCUCAAAUCUAUGGAAAGCCUGUUGCAGAAGUGGUGAAGGAAGGUUUUGGCCUGGCAUUCAUUGUAUAUCCAGCUGCCCUGGCUAAGCUUCCCAUUUCCCCUCUGUGGUCUAUCCUGUUCUUCUUCAUGCUUUUCAUAGUUGGUCUGGACACUCAGUUUACAAUUUUAGAGGUGAUUACCACCUGCCUGACUGAUGCAUACCCUGAAAUCCUCAAACCCAGACGUGCCUUUUUAACUAUUGCCACCAGCUCCAUCAUCUUCCUCUUGGGCCUGCCAUGUGUCACAAGGGCAGGAAUAUACUGGGUGACUCUAAUCGACCAGUUUAUUACCAGCUGGGUGCUGCUAAUUUUGGCUCUGAUGGAGAUCAUUGGCUUCUGCUACAUAUAUGGAGGGAACCGUUUGAUUAAAGACAUUGAGAUGAUGAUUGGAGAAAAGACCUUUGGUUUCUGGCUGUGGUGGAGAGCAUGUUGGUUCUUUAUCAGCCCCUGCAUCAUAGUGGGGAUCUUGAUCUGGUCUUUGUUGACAUUUGUGCCCCCUUCCUAUGGAACAGUCCAGUUCCCAGCCUGGGGUUUGGCUCUGGGCUGGUGCAUGGUUGCAUUUGUCCUCCUCUGGAUCCCUGUCAUCGCUGUGUAUAAGAUGAUAAGAGCAGAGGGAAAUCCCUGGAAGCGUUUGAAGUCACUGUGCUCUCCUUCUGAAGAAUGGCAUCCCUACCUGGACAUCCAUCGAGGAGAACGCUACUCAGAAGAACACUGCAGCAAAAGAAGAGAAGUGUCAACAAGCGAUAAGCAAAUGUAAAUGCAAUCUUCAAUCUUCACAUGUCUCUUCAACCAGUCAGCUUUAGUUAAAGCUGAACACCCAACUACAGUAUAAAGUUAUGAAAAAGCUGCUGCGUGAAUGGGAGGUUAUAUGAAGGGCAGAUUUUCUUUAUGCCAUGUUUGACCUGAAUGGUAUUAAACUUACCUAUCUACCUUAAUCAGAUGUCUUUCAUUCUUUGAAGAGCUCUUAAAACUUUAAGAAUCUGUCUACAUGUCAGGUAGUGAGUUUAAUUUGCUCUUGAGUCCCUCGGCUGAUGUAAUCAUUCUUACAAAAGCUCCAUCUGAUAGUGUUGGAUGUCAGGCACAUAAGAAAUUCUGAUUUUACUGUAUUUCAUUGAGUAAAUGAUUUUUGGGAAACUGUAAGUAUA